AUGACGGGGAGCAGGGAGGAGGAGAGGAGGAAACUGGCCGACAUCAUCAACCACUGGAACGCCAACCGGCUCGACCUGUUCGAGAUCAGCCGGCCCACGGAGGUAGGAGACCGGCCCGGGGCGGCCAGGGAAGGCCGCGGACCCGCCGGGGCCUCCGCCCGGGGGGGGGAAACAACACCGGGGAAUCCGCUGGUUCAUACCCGGGACCUGGAGUUCCACGGCGUGAUGCGGUUCUACUUCCAGGACCGGGUCGCCGGUAACUUUGCCACGAAGUGCAUCAGAGUCUCCAGCACGGCGACCACGCAGGACGUCAUCGAGACGCUCGCCGAGAAGUUCAGGCCGGACAUGAGGAUGCUCUCCUCGCCCAAAUACUCGCUGUACGAGAGUAACGGGCCGGAAAAGGAGAAGGAUGGAGUGAUUCAGAACUUCAAGAGGACUCUGUCGAAAAAGGAGAAGAAGAAGGAAAAGAAGAGGGAGAAGGAGUAUCCUCGGAUUCCUGACGGAGACGAGCAGACGCUGGGCCGAGAGGAUGGUGAAAACAAUCGGCUGGCAGCAGAGGUCUACAAAGACAUGCCGGAGACCAGCUUCACCCGGACCAUCUCCAACCCGGAGGUGGUGAUGAAGAGGAGGCGCCAGCAGAAACUGGAGAAGCGCAUGCAGGAGUUCAUGAGCAGCGAUGGAAGGCCCGACUCAGGGGGAACUCUGAGGAUAUACGCAGACAGUCUGCGGCCCAACAUCCCGUAUAAGACCAUCCUGCUGUCCACCCGGGACCCGGCGGACUUCGCUGUGGUGGAGGCCCUGGAGAAGUACGGGCUGGAGAAGGAGAACCCCAGAGAGUGUUUUAACUUACAGCAGCAGGACGACAAGUCGGGGAAGGAGGUGAUUCUGGACGAUGCGGAGUGUCCCCUGCAGAUCUUCAGAGACUGGCCUGCUGAUCGGGGAGCGUUGGUGUUCCAGCUGAAGAAGAGGCCUCCGGACUACCAGGGGAGGAAAGGAAGGAAGGUGGAGGAGAAGGGCCUCCGAGGGAAGGACGGCUCGCUGCCGCCUGAGAAACUGCCUUACUUAGUGGAGCUCAGUCCAGGGCGAGGGAAUCACUAUGCCUACUACGCCUAUCGGCACCCGGAAGACGGGUCCGACUCGCGGGACAAACCAAAGCUGUACCGGCUCCAGCUCAGCAUCACCGAGGUGGGCUCGGACUGCACGGAGGACGGGGCCAUCCAGCUGCUGGGCCCGGGGAUCCUGCCCCACCACUGCAACCUGACGCACAGCGAGGGCCUGGUCACCGUGACGCCGCACGGCCCCGACGCCGACACCUUCGUGGACGGGCAGCGCGUCACCGAGACAACGGUGCUGCGCUCCGGCGCCACCCUGCAGUUUGGCUCCGCCCACGUCUUCAAGUUCGUCGACCCCAUCAGCGUGCCAGAAACAACCUUCGACCUCCACGGAGACGUCCACAGCGGAGCCGCUCUGCCCACCAGCAAGGUAACCGGUGAUGAUGUCAUCAACAGGUCUCAGGACGCGGCGGUGGAGAGGUCGGAGCUCACGCUUCCCGCCAGCAUCGAGUUCAGAGACAACUCUGAAGACACUUUCCUCUCGGCCAUCAUCAACUACACCAACAGCUCCACGGUCCACUUUAAGCUGUCGCCCACCUACGUUCUGUACAUGGCGUGCCGAUUCGUGCUUUCACCAUCGUACCGGCCCGACAUGUCUCCCUCAGAGCGAACGCACAAAGUCAUCGCCAUCGUCAACAAGAUGGAGAUUCCUGAAGGGGAUCAGGGUGGGCGAUGUGAGUAG